GGGCCGGCGGAGCGCUGGGGAGCCCCCCGGGUGCUCCCGCCCCCGGUGUGGCGGCGGCCGCCGCCGGGCAGGGCCCAGACGCCUCUCGUCACCGGCCUUAAGCGGAGGGCGCUGAGUACGGCUGCGUCGUGUGGCUGGGGCUCUUUCUGCCAGGGUAUCGCUCCGGACGGGCUUUUUAGGAUGGUGCGGGUGUGUCCUCCGUUUGGAAAGCCAAAGGGCUCAGUGGCUUGGUCCUGAGAAAGGUCUUGGAAGAUUCAUAGCCAGAAGUAAACCUGUGCUUUCUCACUUUGUUUGUUUGAAGCACAGCUGUGACCACUCUUCCCUGCUGGGAAAAAGAGCUUAUUCGCUAUGACAUUUAAGCUAUUUAGUUUUAUUCUUGCGAUUUUGUUUGUUUGGUGGUGCUUUUUUAUCUUCUCUGAGGCGUUGCUUUAUGUUAGUUUUUUGGUUUCUUGCUUUGUCGGUUGAUUAUAUGUAAAAUUAAAAAAAGCCCCAAAACCUACUCUGUACUUAAGCUACUCUGCUCCUUGAUUUCAAGCAAUAGAAAAGACUCAGGUGUGGGAAAGUGCUUUUUGGGAGUGAUGACUGAAAUAAGAGAAGUUAGCAUGGGUACCUCCUUAUUUCUAGACUUCUAGUGAAGUUGGAGGAGAUCUUUGAAUUGGGAAUUUGUCAUUUUGCUGUGAUUUUGUGUGGCCUUAUUAACUAGAUGUCCCUUAGGGGUCAUUCAUAGGCAGUUCCCCCAAAGUAUCAUUAGCCUACAAUCUUGAAGUACCUUGCAGAGAGGAAGAAAAAAUAUUACAGCAUAGUGAUUUUUUUUGGCUUUGCUGUACCUCUUGGGCUUUUCUAAAUCAGUUUUUUAAUUAAUGACUAAGACUUUUGACUCUUCAAAUCACUUUUUCUCGAAAUAAGAGACCUGAAUUUGGUGGUCUUUGAAGAAGUUAAAAACUAAUCAGGUAGCUGAAUAGGCUUCAGAGCGUGAAAUAAAACUGCAUGAGGGGUAAUAUAUAAUACUGUGUAAUUUGCAUUGACUUCUAGGUUUGCAGCAGUAGAUACUCUAACCCUAUUUUUAAAAAAAAUCUGUGUUUCAGGUUCAGCUAUUCUGGCUCUCUUGUUAGCUGGCUAUCUAGCACAGCAAUAUUUACCAAUGCCUACGCCGAAAGUAAUUGGGAUUGACCUUGGCACAACUUACUGCUCUGUUGGUGUCUUUCUUCCUGGAACAGGGGAGGUGAAGGUUAUUACAGAUGAAAAUGGGCACAAGAGCAUACCAAGUAUAGUCUCUUUCACAGAGAGAGGUGUGUAUGUAGGAUAUGAUGGCCUAGAACUGGCUGAUUCAAAUCCUCAGAACACCAUAUAUGAUGCAAAAAGGUUCAUUGGGAAAAUCUUCACUUCAGAAGAACUGAAGAGCGAAAGUAGCAGGUAUCCCUUUAAGAUUUUCAGCAACAAUGGAUCAGCUGAAUUUUCUGUGACAAUUAAUGAAACCUUUCACAUCACUCCAGAGCAUAUUGGCUCUCAGCUGCUACUGAAAUUGAAGAGAAUGGCAGAGGACAAUCUUGGCAUGCCCAUUUCAAAGGCGGUGAUCUCUGUGCCAGCAGAGUUUGAUGAGAGGCAACGGAAUUCUACCAUUAAGGCAGCUAACCUUGCAGGGCUAAAAAUUUUGCGAGUAAUCAAUGAACCCACAGCUGCAGCUAUGGCUUAUGGACUCCACAAAGCUGAUGUGUUUAAUGUUCUGGUAGUGGAUCUGGGUGGAGGAACUCUGGAUGUGUCUCUGUUGAACAAGCAAGGAGGGAUGUUCCUCACACGGGCCAUGGCAGGUAACAACAAACUUGGAGGACAGGAUUUUAAUCAGAGGUUGAUGCUGUAUUUAUAUGAUCAGCUCCAUCAAACGUAUGGUUCUCUGCCAACAAGAAAAGAAGAAAUACAUCGCCUUAGACAGGCUGUGGAGGCAGUUAAAUUAAAUCUGACUGUACAUGAGGCAGCUACACUAAGGGUGUUACUGACUAUGCCAGAAAGGAAGCUUACAGAAGAACUUCCAGAAAGUGAGGUAAAAACAAACACUGUGCUGAAAGGCAAGCUUUCACAAAAAACAGAUUUGAGAAAUCUUGGGGACACUUCAAAAGUAGAGAACAACUUUAUCAAAGUUGUGUUUGAAAUGGAAAUCUCUAGGAAGCUUUUUGAAAUGUUAAAUGAGGACCUUUUUGAGAAGAUUCUUGUGCCCAUUGAACAAGUGCUGAAGGAAGGCCACCUACAUAAAGCAGAAGUGGAUGAAAUUGUGUUAGUUGGAGGUUCCACCCGGAUUCCUCAAAUCCGUAAAGUUAUUCAGGAUUUCUUUGGAAAGGAACCUAACACCUCUGUAGAUCCUGAUCUAGCAGUUGUAAUGGGCGUAGCUAUCCAAGCAGGGAUCGUUGGUGGGUCCUGGCCUCUUCAAGUCAGCGCUAUAGAAAUUCCUAAUAAGCAUUUACGGAAGACUAAUUUUAACUGAAAUUCUUGCCCAUUGUAUUCCAUCUCUCCAAAAGUGUACUCUGAUGGUGCAUACUUAACCUAUCUGGCAGGGGAGCCUAAUCUUAGUCAUAUUAUAUUAAUUUUGCAAGGUUUUUGCUAGGUGUUACUGGACACUUAACUGUAUUAAAGCUAGAUGUUACUUUAAAGGUACGAGUGACUUCUGAAGUUCUGAGGUAUCCUGUAUUUGCUUGUACAUUGGAUAUUGGGUGAAAAUGCUUGUGAUGACACAGCCACAUUUUCUUGCUAAAUUUUAUUAGCAGAUCCUGAAGAGGUGUAUGUUUAAAAUACAACGGGAGUGUGACCAAAGGUUAGAGGUACUGUGGUAUGGUACUGUAGGUGUUCCCAGGUCCAAUAUAUUUACUUUUGAAGAAUGUGAAGCGGUGUUAACACACUUAGCACUAGCAGUGUUGAUCUUAAAUUUAUUUAUUAAAUAGAGUCAUUUGAGCAUUUAAGCACCUUUUUAAAAGGCAUGUUGCAGCUUGAAUGAGACUUACGCAUUCAUGUGAUUCUUCUGCUGUUCAUAACAGCAUAAAGGUAUUACUGAGGCGAUAUGAAAAAUUGUCUCGUAUUUCAGCCGAACCAUCUUAAAAUGUAGUUCCUUAGUGUGUCUCCAAGGGCUUACUUCCUGAUCUGGCUUUGAUGGUUCAUGCACAGGUGCUGCUGUCAUACCACUUGAUGUUCUCCACAGAGAACAAGGGCAUAUCCCUGACUAUUUAUACCUCCCCCUGCCUUCUUUGAAAACUGCAGUAAUUUUAUGUAUCUUAAAGCCACACCUUUGUAUCUUCCCUUGAGUUUGACCAACACGAUUUUUGUUGUUGCACAUCUACAAGUGUGUGAUGUCUUUCCCCUGGAGUAUCCCAGACUACUGUUCUCAGGGAGAAAGCGUGGGACAGAAGGGACUGCCAGGAUGAAGUCUAGUUCCCGUAGUCCUAGUAAAUGAAAAUUCACCCAACUGUUUUGUACUUUUUGGCUUGUAUCUCUGGUUUAAGUUUUCUCAAAUCCCCAUGCUAAACAACGUAGAUCAGAUAUUGUAGCUGUUAUUUUGGGGAGAAAGCAGUGUGUGUAAUGCAGGAUUUGAGAUGGCACAUUUUAAAACUUUAUUUUAGGCAAAUAGUUUGCUACACAGCUAUCUAGCAAAUGCUUAAGAAGAGAAAAAAAGUAAGCUGAAAAAAAAUGGUGGCAAUUCUGCUCUCUUUAGAGUUAAAUCAAUAUUUAAAGGCCAGUUUAAUUCUUUUAUCUGUGUAGAACUUCCUACGAUGAAAAUACUUCAUUUGGGUAAGACUGGCUUUAACAUCCAUCAAGCCAGUCUUAAUCAGGUAAGUGUAGUUAACAGGUGGUUCUGAGCAUUUUUUUGUUUUCCAGAAUAAUUUUGUUUGUAUUAAGCUUGCCAAGAUAAUAUGUGGGGCAUAGAUUUAUUGUCUAACCUAUGACUAUAUUAAAGUAGGCUGCUUACUCUCCUGGCAGUAGGCCUGAUUUAUGGCACUGCCAUAAAUCAGCUGUGCUGAUUCAGCUAUUUGCAUAGCUAUUGUCUAAACAUAUCUUUCAAGUAAUCUAAUUAAAAACCUCUUAAACUCAAUCACAGUUGCACACACAAACAUUCCAUCAGCAUUGUUUAACUUCACAGAAGAUUCCCAAAAUACUACUAACAUCUGUUUAAUUUCCCCGAGUUGAAAACCAAAGUGAUUUUAUUUGAGGAUUUUUUUUCCUUUGUAACUUUGGAAGUGACCCUGUCUAAGUCUAUGUAACUUUUAGUAACUAAAACUCUAGUGUUGAAAGAAGUGCCUCUUCAGUGAAAUCACAGAUGAAUGCCAAUAUAUAGUACAGUUCUUGUACACAGUUGCUAUCUGGGGCCUUUGCUUUGCAGAUAUAAGUAUCUAUUUAAUUCAACAUAUUCCAGUAUCUUUGGAGUCACUGUGGCCUUUCCUUCUGCCCUGCUGUAAAUUCAUCUCAAAGUCUACUGGAGUUACAGUAGGUCUUUAGUAUUUUUUUUUUUAAUGCACUGUUUAAAAUGAGCAGAUCACAGUGAAGUUAAACUGUUAGAAGCUUUUUGCAAUUUUGGGACAUUAGGUAGGAGUGUGGGCAUAACUUUUAACUGUUUAACUCUUAAUGCAAAUAAAUGAAGAACUCUUUUUUUCUUUUGCAUACUCCUUCACUCUGAAGGAGUUAAAUCUCCAUCAGUGUUAAUCUGGGAAAUGUAAGGGAAGGGUGAGUUGUUUACUUGUUU